AUGAUCGUUUACAAUACCAUCCGCACCAACGCUCAAAUCUUUAAUGCGAACGUAGACGAUAGAUCCAUAGUGCACUUACUGAUUGAUUUAGAUAGCGUGUUUGCAGAUUCAAUGUUAGAAGAGCUAUUACAAAAGGACGUUUAUAUCCUGCUGUUUUACGAAAACAAAAAGUCUGACGAAAACAAAGAGUCUGGCGAAAACAAAGAGUCUGAUGAAAACAAAAG